UUGUAAAAAAACAUCAGAAAAGCAGUCUUUAAUGUAUUUUAUAUGUAUAUUAAACUACGUCAAGGAUACUCUGGGAAGUAUUAAAUAGCAUGCAACUAUUAUCUAACCAGCGAAUUUUGAAGAGAGUGGCCCACAAGUUCCAUAUAGUUGUUAUCGUUCUUAAAAAAUGAAAUUAUUUAUCCCCAUAUUGUUAAGUUUAGUUGUGUAUGUAGGGAGUGAAAGGAAGCUUCCUCCUGUCGUAACGCAGUGCUAUAGGAAUGAUCCGAAGGUGAACGAAUGCCUUUUAGAUAAUAUCCUUAGCCUUCGCCCAAAGCUAGGGCAUGGCGUUCCAGAACUGUUUAUUCCAGCUUUAUCUCCAUUGAAGGUAGACAGAGCAGAACUACACCCUGACAAAAGUUUAAACGUAGAUUUAUAUAAUAUUAAUUUGUACGGCUUAGACUCGUUUAACCUAAAAAGCAUUGACCUAGACGUAAAAACCCUGAAGGCCGGCUUGGAUAUUUCCUGGGAUUCUGUAGGGCUGGUUACCGAUUAUAAAAUGGUCGGAAAGUUAUUGAUCUUGGCUAUAGAUACAGUUGGUCAUGGUUUUGGAAAUUUGACUAAGAUCAAGGCUGACGCAGGUUUAGUCUUAGAUAAGGAGAUCAAGAGAGGAAAAGAACAUUUAAAGAUCAAUAAAAUGGACAUCAAUUUGAAAAUUGGCAGUUAUAAUAUGUCAUUUGAUAAAUUUUUCGGGGACAAUGCAGAAUUAAAUGCAAAAGGAAAUGAGUUGCUUAACGAUAACACCUCACUUUUCUUAGAAGAAUUUAUUCCCGUUAUAGAAACAGUUGUUAAAGAUAUUGUAAGAUCACUUUUCACGACUUUGUUUAAAAAAUUUUCUUAUGACACUUUGUUACCUAACAAAACUGAAUAAUGUGUAUAAUAAAGCUUUGUUAUUUUUGUAUAAAAAA